AUGGACUCGUUCAAUCCAGAAGACAUGGCUCCUAGUUUCUGCAUCGGACAGCAUGAAAGCAACCGCAAGAACCCAAUUACGGCUGCAAUUGUACAGGCAGCCCACGAAAGCAAUUAUGACAUGCUCACGGCACCAAUUACCACGGAGGCGUUCCAUUCUCGUAUCCUCACCCUGUUGGGUUCCAACCCGAAUGCUCCUCUCUCUCCGGCUGCAAAUGGGACUUUGAUGACGACCGAUAAUAUACGCCCCCUCUUUAUCCCUCCCUUAACUCCCGCGGAUAGCCACUUGACACCGGAUGAGACGAUGUCGCAGAUAGUUGGAGUCACCAGCAGUUGGAUCGAUCUAUGCUCCCCAGAUCCCCUUAUUGCGGACAUCUCGCGUCAAGUUUUCAUGCGGGAGGUCGCUUAUGCAGCAUUUUGUGGCCUUGGGUACCUCUUGAUUCCUGGCCCGAAACUGCACCACGGAGAUAUCCAUGCAGAAGGCGUGACUUACUAUGCGAGAGCGAUACAGGAUGCUAUCAACCUCGCUCCGUACAUACAGUUUCACAUUUGGAUGCCUAUGCCAUCGCGAGUGGACCCUUUUGGCACUUGGGAUGCUUGGGACAUCAUACGAAGAACUUGUAAAUACCACUCAAGGCUUGUCGUAGCACUUUCAAUGCCUAAACACCUCCCUCCCAUGUCUGUGCAGUCUCGCUGGUACUCUGAGCCUGUUCAUCUGCUCAGCUUUGAUGCCAAUACCUUCAUCAAGAACCAGAAAGGCUAUCCCGUACUGUCGAAGACACACCAGGCGCUCAUCGGUCGGUUUAUGCGCCUGCGGACAUCCCCAUGGAUCCUUCUCUGCGACAAGCAUUAUGACCCGACCCCUCAUCUUUCCUACCUCAGAAAUCUACAGCAACGCCAGCCUUCUAGGAGCGCCAUGGAGAGGUUCGGAGUUGGAUACCAAGACUAUCUCCAGGCGCCCUUGCAGCCGUUGACGGUCAACCUGGAAAGCAUUACCUACGAAGUAUUCGAGAAAGAUCCUAUCAAAUACAAAUGGUAUGAGCGCGCGGUCGCCAAGGCCCUUAGCGACUGGGCCAGUGAAGGAAAGCCAACUUCAAACCCCGACGGCCGGGUGGUUGUAGCUGUUGUUGGUGCGGGUCGAGGACCGCUCGUGUCACGGGCGCUUCAAGCCAGUGUAGAGACUGGGGUCAAGAUUGACCUCUGGGCAGUUGAGAAGAACACCAAUGCUUUCGUCCUUCUCCAGCGCCACAAUGAGCAGAAAUGGGGUGGACAAGUCAAGCUUGUUCAGUCGGACAUGCGAAGCUGGAAAGGCCCGCAGCUCGUUCCCACCACCAUUGACAUUCUGAUCUCAGAGCUGCUGGGCUCGUUCGGCGACAACGAGCUUUCGCCAGAAUGCCUUGACGGCGUCACGCACUUACUCAAUCCGGUUCACGGUAUCUCCAUUCCGGCUUCCUAUACGGCUCACCUCACGCCCAUCGCGGCGCCGAAGCUCCAUGCCGAUGUCAUGAAUCAAUCCAUCUCUAACCCAGCAGCGCCGGAGACGCCGUAUGUGGUCAUGUUACACGCGAUCGACUUCCUCUCCACGAAUCAGCCCUCCGCAGCUGCACUGAUGAACUCCAAGGCGCCCAUCCCAUUCGUGCAGACGACCUGGUCUUUUGAGCAUCCUAACCAGCAUAUACCCCCUCAGUUGCCGACCACGUCGACGAUCUCCAACUCGCAUAACGUGCGCCGGACCCGCCUGUCAUUCCCAGUCUACAACCGAGGAGUGUGCCAUGGUUUGGCAGGGUACUUUGAGACGGUGUUAUACCGCGACAUUGAGCUGUCCACCAAUCCUGUCACGAUGGAUACCAAGAGUGCCGACAUGAUCAGUUGGUUCCCGAUCUACUUCCCAUUGAAGACUCCUCUAAAUGUCCCCGACAAUGGCGAGGUGGUGGUGACCAUGUACCGGCAAACCGACGACCGCAAGGUAUGGUAUGAGUGGAUGGUGGAAGUAUUUGCAGUAGAAGGCAACGAAGAAGAAGUGGUGAUGAGUGGGGGUAAAGGCACGUCUCCAGCGGCUGGCAAUCUGCAGCGACAGCCCCAGCGAUCACGUGGCGGGCGACGUGUCCGGGUUGGGACGAGCGAGCUGCACUCCAGCAUCAAGGAGGGCUGCCUCAUGUGA